AACGAAGAAGAGUUGCCAUUCUUGGAGAACAGUUGCCCGUUCUCGGCGACUGAUGACGAGUUAACCUCGGUUUCGGUGCUGACUGACAUCUACAAUUCACGGAGAAUUAUGUAUUUUGAAUCGCACCCCGUGCAAGUUGCUUUUAUUUGGAACAGUGUAAAUUUACAUGGCACUUGGUAGGAAGGAAAAUUCGGACUGUUACGCCGUGACGUCGCGGUUUCCUCGGUAACGUGACGGCGAUAUACCACGGGAGUUUGACAGCUGACUUCGUCAGUCCAGCGUCUUCGGGUAUCCUCGAGCACUUUCAUUUGCAUCAAAAAUCUCGCGCCGAGGAUUGUCGAGGAAAAUGUCUGACGCAGCGAAUUUGAGAUACAGUUGUAUGGACGAGCUCGUAAAACGGACAAAGAUAAAUUUUACGGGAAAGGAGCCGCAUAAUGUAUAUUCGAGGCUACACACUAUGCGACAAACAUCCGAAACAGCGAGGAAUGAGGGAGAUGAUGAGACUGCAUACAUUUUACUGAAAAGAUGGUUGAAUUCGGUCGAAUGGAUCAAAAAAACUCGGGAUUAUAAAGCUGGCAAAUCAAUCUAUUCCACGAACAUGACUGUUGAUCAGAUAAAUGAAGUCAAAAACAUACUUGCAGACUUGAGACAAAAAUUAGAAAUACGUUAUGAACAUAGUUCUAAGAAGCAUAAUGAUACAGUGGAACAGAUGGAAAUAGAAACAGAUAGAGUAGAAGUAAUUUAUGCAAACAAUGACAUUGGCUUGGAAUUACCAGAAACACCGACUGACGAUCCUGUACCUGGUGAUAGCGAUGAAUUCAUAUUAUGCAAUCAAUUGUAUAAUUUGAUACAAAAGAAAAAUAGAUAUUUGAUUAUUGAUAUUAGACAAAAGAUCAAUUAUGAUAAAUCUAGAAUACUAUCUGAUAAUUGCAUUAACAUUCCACAAUCUGAAAUUAAACCAGGAAUGUUGGCUCACCAUUUUUUGAAAUACUUACAAGAUAAGCAUUCGUAUGAUUUAUAUAAUCAUCGAUCAGCAAGUCAUGUGGAUAUUGUAAUCUUGCUAGAUUGGAAUACUACGCAAGAGUCUUUGACAUCCACUACUCAUCUAAAUGUAUUUAAGGAUAUUUUAAAAAAUUGGGAUCCUGGUACAAGGUAUAAGAAAAUAAAAAUUCUAAAUGGAGGGUACCAAGAAUGGUUGCAAACAUACCCAGCAUACAACAAUCCCAAUAUAGAUAAUCAAAUAAUUGAAUCUAAAAACAUCGAGAAUGAGAUUUUAGAGACUAUCGAAUAUCCGGAAUGGGUGAACGAAAACGAAGUUGAAAUCACGAAGAGCAAAUUAAAUAAUACAAAAGCUUCCAACAUUGACAUCGAUGAAGAAAUGGAAAAAGGUGACAAUAAGUCGGCACUAUCCAAGCAUGCCAGGUCGAGCACUAACAAUGUCACUCCUUCGACAAAGUCCAAGAGUUUCACUAGUCAAGUAACGAUAACAAUCGAUGACAAACGGCCAUCUCGGGGUGAUAAUGCGAACGCGCAACGAUUACAGAGUCCAGAUAUAAUAGUUCCUCAGCACAAGAUAUUAUCGAACCACACGUCGCAGAAUGAAAUAAAUGCAAAGCCGGUAAUUGAUCGCAGUAGCACAGCCGCUUUGAAGACGUACGAUCCAAGAUGUAAAGAAGUAUUGAAAUUCUUGAAAGAAUUAAAUGAAUUGGCCAAAUCAAAGUUGAAGCUGGCUAACGAGCUAUUAAGUCAGGAAUGGGAGCUCUAUUCGCAGCGUGAUGACAAACACAGCGCAAGUGAUGAAAAAUAUUUACGCAACGAGAUAAAAUCUCUAAAAGUUAAAGUGGAGGACAUGCACAAAUUGUAUCUCAAGAUCGAAAAUGAGUAUAAUGAUUAUACAAAGGAAGCAGAUACAAUUAAAUUUAAUUCUACUGACGACAACGAAAAGAAGAAUUUUGAACUCAAUCUCUCUCUUUCAAAAAACAAAAUGAAAGAAAUUGAGAGCAAACAAAAAAAACUACAUGAAGAAUUUUUGGAAAGGGAGCACAGAGAGAUAACAAUGAGGCAAAAUGAUAAUGAAAUUUACAAGGAGCCUUUAAAAACGGAUGGUUCGUCCAUUAACACCGGCUUGGAGCGAUCUUAUUCAAGUCCAAAUUUACUGCAGUUGGGAGAUCGUAAAGCACCUCAGGUAGAUAGAACUUCUAAGCCACAUAUAUCGCCUCGCAAACUGAAUGGAUCUAUUGGGAAUGAAAACGUCAAAGUGUCUCCUCUUAGUUGGGGAAAUCGGGAGGAACGAAUGACUCCUAUUCAUGGCAGUGUUCAUCCGGGUAUAACCGGUCUGAAGAACUUGGGCAAUUCUUGUUACAUGAACAGUAUCAUUCAAUGUCUGAGUAACACGACGAAUUUGGCGAAAUACUUCACCGAUAACUCGUAUGCCGACGAUCUUAAUACAAGUAAUGAUAAUAUGACACAAGGCCAAGUCGUGGAGGAAGUGGCCCAAGUUAUUAAAGCACUAUGGAGAGGCCAAUACAAAAGUAUAUCCCCUCAUGAUUUAAAGGUCGCAGUCGGGCAAUACAAAUUGCAGUAUGAAAGUUACGAACAACAAGAUUCUCAUGAGUUUCUCAUGUUCCUUUUAGACUGGAUGCAUAAUGAUCUUAAAAAGGAUGCGAAAAUGCCGAUCGAAAUGACCAACGCGGAGAAAGAAUGGGAUAAGGCGAUGAAUUCUCAAAGAUCCAUAAUAUCGGAUUUAUUUUUUGGACAAUUAAGAUCGACUAUCACAUGUUCAUUUUGCAAGGAAGCAAGUACUACCUACGAGACAUUUACUACUUUAACCAUGUUUCUAUCUCAGUCUAAUCGGUGUACAUUAAAUGAUUGCAUGGAGAAGUUUGUAACGGGGCAAAAGGUGAGCGGAUGGAAAUGUCCCAAGUGCCAGACACUUCGUGACGUGACAAAGAAGUUUGAUUUGGUCAAACUCGCGCCCAUCGUUGUAAUUCACUUGAACCGUUUCGCCGAGAGAGGUGGAUGGUUGGAAAAGGGCAACACCGCCGUUGAUUUUCCCCUCACGGGAUUCAACUUAAAGCCUUAUCUUGUUACAGAGAAUAUGAAGGCGAAUAAUAUUCGCAAUUACAAUUAUACUCUCUACGCGAUGUCUAAUCACUAUGGAACGAUGGAUGGCGGUCAUUACACAGCGUUUUGCAAAAAUGCUACUCAGAAUAAGUGGUAUAAGUAUGAUGAUCAAACUGUCACGGAAGUGUCACCGAGCCAAGUAAAGUCUCAAAACACGAGUGCCUAUUUAUUGUUCUACACUUCGUUUCCGAACACGAUUAUGUAGUAGAAUGAAGAUGUGACCGUGGACACGAUUAAUAUUCGGUUAUGACGAAAGUCUUAAUAUAGUGCUGUGUAAUCUUUCUCUUAAUAUAAUCUUAUAAUAUUGCGCUAAAUUUUCAAGUCUUACUAUUAUGAGAAAGAUAACACACAGCAAUGUGGUCUUCGACACUCUGUAGAUACGGUAUAUUUUGUAUGAUAAAUUCUGUGCAUAAACAGAAGAAAAACGUAUAGGGGCUGUGAUGGUAUUCAAAGCUUUAUUGGUGCUGGCAUUCAUUGAAAAUAUGUAAAUAUAUGCAUAGAACAGUUGCAAUUCCUUUCUGUAUUUCCAUUGCAGUCUGUCGCCUUAGAAAAAAAGUAAAAUAUAAUUGCGUUCGAGAAUA